UUUCACGUUGGCAGAGGACGUAAACUUGCACCUUCGUCAAAAUCACCUAAGAUUUCGAAUGGAGCCACCUCCCGGAAGCGGAUGGAGAUGCUCCAAAUGCUUAAAAACGUUCAACACCAAAGCAAAUUUAAGGUACCACAUGUUUUCACACGACACCUUUGCGAAAGCGAAAUGCGAGAUCUGCGGGAAAGUUUUGAAAAAUCCACUAGUCCUGUCCCAACACAUAAAACGGCAUCAUACCAAGCGGGACCGACCCAGUUGCAACAUUUGCCAUCGUGUAUUUGCCACACCUCAAAAUUUACGGGCACACAUAAGUACUGUACACAACAGGACGAAACGACCUCGUUUUCCAUGUGAAUUUCCUGGAUGUGGAAAAACCUACUUAAACAAGGAAGGUGUAUCGACACAUAUAAAAGCAGAACACUCCGAAAAUCCGAUCCGAUUUCCGUGCACACUUUGCGGCAAAGAAUUCGAGGCCAAACGAGACCUUGAGUUACACAUUAACACCCACACGACGGAGAAGGCGUACAUUUGUCCCAAUUGUGGGAGGGGUUUCGCGCAUCGGACAAGCUUGAAAAAUCAUGAGUGUAUUGGAGGAACAAAAAAGAAUGAGAUGAACGACAUCCGUAAACUGAAAAUGAGAAAGACCUCACUUGAGCAAGGGUGUGCGGAAGACUCCAGCCCACGGACCCCAGCCCGUUGGAGUCCAGCCCACCAUUUCCAGCCCGCGAUCUCCAGCCCUUAAUUAUCUCCAGCCCUAAUUAUUUCCAGCCCAUAAAUAUCCCCUGCCCGUGUAUAAAAACCUAUCCGUACAGCUUUGCUUAGCUCGAACCAGGAUUUAUUAGAAAACUCAAGUUUCUCAAAAUUUUAUUUUCAAAAAUUUUGAAAUUCAACCCUCAUAUAUUCAAAUUUGGAAUUUAUUUUUCGACUCCAUACUAAA